AUGGUCUCCCUGGGACGGCCACCGAAUUCGCUCAUUUUGCUACUACUCUCUUUUAUUUUCCUAUUUUCAUUCAUUUCUACCACUCAAGCUGGCUCGCUCAGCCUUGAUGUCUCAACCACAGACGAUGAAUACACAUGCUCCUCCGACAAGCCGUGUAGCAACGGCGCUUGCUGUGGUAAAAGUGGCAACUGUGGCUAUGGCCCAACAUACUGCGGCACGGGCUGCAUGUCCAACUGCAACGCAACUGCUGCUUGCGGGCAAUAUGCGGAAACCGCUGGCCAAGGCUGUCCUCUGAAUGUUUGCUGCUCCGAGUUUGGCUUCUGUGGCACCACCAGCGAAUUCUGUGGCAAGGGCUGUCAGUCUCACUGCACCCAACCAAAGCCAUCAGCCGAGGAAUCUAACGUCCAAAAGCGCGUUGUCGGCUACUGGGAGGCUUGGAACAUGGACCACAGCUGUGGAACUAUGGAGCCUGGUGAAAUUCCUGUCCAAAUGCUCACUCAUCUGGUCAUUUCCUUUGGUUAUAUCAGUCAAGACUACAAGGUCACCAACAUGGACGGUAUAUCCCCCAACAUGUACAAGAUUGUCGGUGAUCUGAAGCAGCGCAACCCCAAACUCAAGAUCAUGAUCGCUCUUGGAGGAUGGACCUUCAAUGAUCCUGGAACUUGGCAGAGUGUUUUCCCGACAAUGGUCUCUAACAAAGCCAACCGGAAGACAUUCAUCGACAACCUCCUCGGAUUCCUGUCGGAGUACGGCUACGACGGUGUCGACUUCGACUGGGAAUACCCCGGUGCUGAUGACCGUGGUGGCUCCGACGCCGAUGGAGUAAACUAUGCUCAACUCCUCAAAGAGCUGCGAGCCGCAAUCACCGCCAGUGGCCGUGACUAUCUGGUCACCUUCACAUCUCCGACAUCCUACUGGUACCUUCGCCACUUUGAUCUGAAGGCAAUGGCCGACAACGCCGACUGGAUCAAUCUGAUGGCAUACGAUAUUCACGGAGUGUGGGAUAGCAGCAAUCCAGUCGGCAACCACGUCCUCGCCCACACCAACUUGACCGAUAUCGAUCUCGCGCUUGAUCUGUUCUGGCGAGUGGACGUUGAUCCUUCUAGCAUUGUGCUCGGCUUGGGCUUCUAUGGCCGAACUUUCAAGCUCAACGACGCUUCAUGCUGGAAGCCUGGAUGUGACUUCAGCAGUGCCGGUUCUAAAGGCCCCUGCACCGCCACCGAGGGAAUCUUGUCGUACAAGGAGAUCUCGCAAAUCCGCAAAAACGCCGGAGGCACUGCAUACCUCGACAAGGAGGCUGCUGUCAGGUACAUGGUAUACGAUGACGACAGCUGGGUCUCGUUCGAUGAUGAGACUACGUUCAAGUUGAAGAUCGAUUAUGCCAACAAAAUGGGCCUUUCCGGUCUGAUGAUCUGGGCCAUUGAUCUUGAUGACAACCGUCUCAGCGCUCUGCGAGCCGUUUCUGACUCUGACGCUUUGGGUAACUCCGGGUCCGAAUUCGACCUCGUGGAUCUCGCCCACAUCUUCCCGUCGGACAUUCGUCCACCCAAUACCACAAAGCCUGUUUACGGUAUCUCGACCUUUGGAGGUGCGGACUCUAUGAGUCCCAAUGGAGGCGGAUUCGGAUUCCUCCUCCUUGCUGGCGAGUCUCAUGCUGUCUCGAGACUGCGAAGGCGAGACAAUGAGCCCGAGCCUUUCCAUUUCCUUGACUGCCCGUCGAAUGUCACGGAUGCUCCCAAGGAGCAGGUCCACACGGCUCGGGUCGUUUGUCUUAGCGAUGAUCUCAAUGGAUGUUUCCAGGUGAUGGAGCGAGGCGUUGAAGGCACAAUCGUCGAGAUGCCUGACAAUUGCGCUCCCAACACCUUCGCCCGAGCUGUUUCUCUUGAACCUUCGGAGAACCAGGCUGUGUCCGCCAAGAUCAAGAAGCGGAAUCCCACUUCCCAGGUGUACGACUUCAAAUUCGACUACAACAUGGGCCUGAGUCGACGUGAUACCACCAACAAAACGAGCAUUCGGUUGGAUUACUCGAAUGUGAAAAACUACUGGGACAGAAUUGUGGAUUCACCCGGCAUUGAAGAAGACGACGGCGAGAAAGAAGCUCGAUCCUUGGUCCAGAGAUUCUACGCGAACUCCGACAAGGAUUGGAAAAAGGAUUACGCAACAUCCAACGCGUUCUUUGAGUACGAAAACACCAAUGCCAUCCCCAUCAAGCAAAAUAUCAGCGAGCUUGUUUGGUAUCAGACUGCCACGGAUUGUGAAGUGGAUGGAGAAGAAUAUGGCGAAGCUUUUGCAGCCUAUGUCACUGGUGACAUCGACGCUGAAAUGUACUUUGGCUUCUCAAUGGUUGCCGAGUACUACGGCGGGGAGCUCGACGUUCAACAGGCGAAUGGGUUCAUCAAGGCCGGCGGUAAGAGUGAUUUGACAUAUGGCAUCAACGGCUUUAGUGAGGUCGAUGUCUCCAAAGCAGACAAGGGUAACCCGCUUCACGGCGCGAAACGAUCCUUCGACCUCAAAGGAACGACCAUCAGCGCUGGUCAAAACACCUUCGUCUCGUUCGAUCCCUACCUUGAGGUGACGUACGAGCUGGCUUCAUUCAACGGCUCCAACAGUACCGACUUCGGCGACAGUGCGACGAGCUUCAUCGGCCAUCUCUCCACCCGAGUGACCCAGGAUUUCUCCAAUGUUACCGCAUUUUGGCCAGUCGAUACACCAGAGGACAAGAAACCCGAAUCCGGAUCAUUUGCGCCGAACGAUAUCUCUGUUGGCAAGGACAACAAACUCUUCUACAGCACCGGUGAUGGCGGCAAGAUCGCCGUCGGAACCUUCAUGAAGUUUGGUUUGAAUGUCGACCUUGAAAUUCAUGGGAAAUCACGCCGUACGCUCGAAUCGACCGCGGUUGGAGAUAUGGGACUGAUGUACAACACCAUCUCGGAAUUCUCCUUCUAUCCCGCAGGUGACGAUUCGGACGAGUCCUGUUCCGAUUUCACAAUAGCGACUCUCGUUUUUCAGAUGGCUGAUUCGAAGGCGCUGGAGAAAGCUAGAUGGACCGAAGAUUCCACCCAACUUGGAACCGAUACGCAAGCACCCGGCGCUGGAGCCGUCUGCUACGCCAACUAUGGCAGCAAGUCUAGCACCAAGCGUGACCUUGAUGAUGAUACUGUCAAUAACUCAUCUAUUGCCGGUGAAGAAGUUCAGGAAAAAGACCUCAUGGUCCGCGGAAACCCUGGAUACGUGGCAUUCCCUGGAGACUGGGAUUACCGAGCAGCAGAACGUCCACCAUCUCCGGAUGAUCUUCUCUCUGAUACUGUGAACGAUUACAUCGGGGAUGCAACUGAAGGUUCAACCGGGUGUAAGGAUUGUGGAUCUUGCACUGAAACAAAGGACAGGAAGAAGAGAAAGCCCUGUUGCGGUUGCGUGAGCAUGGACUAUAAGUGGAGCUAUGCUGACAUCCCCUCAUAUCCCGAUUGUGCUUGCUGUUCGAACAGCUUUAGGAACAGACAGUGGCCCUUCGGAGGUAACCUCAUCAACCUGGGCCCUGCUAAGAGAAGCUCCAAUUUACCAGGAGAACUUGAAGAGAACUCCGAAGAAGAAUAUGAUGAAGUGAAUGACGAGGGGGAGACAACCGGUCAUCAGCUUGAGGGUCGUGCGGCUGGUACGGCUGGCACAGGUAAGAAAAAGGUCACUAUGUGCUCAAAAAAAGACUACGCCCGUAGUCCUGGUACAUAUCCUCAGUUCCCGGCAGCCCACGACUCGCCUUGGGAGGGAAUCCAGCGUGGAAGGUGGGAUUCCAUCUCCAGAUACUGGGGAAAUACGUCGGCGUUGUGCACCGACUGGAGCGUGGCAGGUUUGACCUAUGCGGACAACGAAACCACCACGAGAGGAACGUUCCGAUCAGAUUACGAGACCGAGCAUGUCUUUGAGGGCCAAUUGAUUGGUGACUUUUUCACACAUUGGCUCGCCGAAGGUAAAAUCGAAAACCAGUUGCCUAAGCCAAGCAAACCGAAAGCCAAGUGGUCAUGCACCGAUGCAGAGAAGUACGUCUUUGGAGACCCCGAUAAACAUUGGAGAUUCCAAAACGGCAGGAGUAAUCAGGCAACGACUUUCUUCAUGAUCCUUCUGAGAGAACUUGGCAGCGCAGGUCACCUUGACCGGUUGACGAUCUUUAAGGCCCGAGCAAAUGGAAUGAAAGGCGGCAUGUUUGGCGGAAAGCAAGCUGUCAAUGACAAAAAAUGGGCAACCCAAAACGCAGACGAGCAGCUUCAAAGCGUCAAGACAAUGGGCAUGGUUUUUGAAUACAUGAACGACCCAGAGGUAUGGGAUAAGUUCUGUGACACAUACGAAGCUAUCUAUGAACGCCUUGGUGAAUUCGACGAUUUCCACGCAUCGCUGAACAGGAAUUUCCCGAAACUGCAAGAUGAAUGGCCCAAGUUUAUCGAUGCUGUUCUGAGUUCGAUGGCCACUCGGUCGAAGGCGACUCUUUGGUGGAUGUUCAGCGGACGAACGGAGAAAACGAACAAGUUUUACAGCACUAUUUGGGGAAUCAAUAUCCUGAAGAAUGCCCAUAAGAUCACGUUGCCCGGCAAGUGUACUCACUUGCCUAGGUCCUAGGUAGGGUUUCUUGGAGAGAUGGACUGAACAUGUACAUACAAUACUUGCAAUUCUCAUGUAAUUUGUCAGAUCAAGAAUCAGC